AAUCAUCAAAACUGUGGUCAAGACCUUCAAGUAUUUCUUCGGCCUAAGGUUUGAGGUGAAGGGACUGGAGAACUUCGAGGUGGAGGGUCCUGCUAUCAUUGUGUCCAACCACCAGAGCAUCCUCGACAUGAUGGGGCUGAUGGAGGUCCUGCCUGACAACUGUGUCCAGGUGGGCAAGAAAGAGCUGAUGUAUGCUGGCACUGUGGGGCUCGUCAUCUACCUCGGCGGCGUCAUCUUCAUCAACAGGAAGAGCACCACCAGUGCCAAGAUGGUGAUGGCGGAGGUGGCCAAGACUAUGACAACUGACAACGUGAAAGUGUGGGUGUACCCAGAGGGCACAAGGAACUGCACCGGGGAUUUGCUGCCAUUCAAGAAAGGAGCAUUUCACCUUGCUGUCCAGGCACAGGUCCCAGUGAUCCCUGUGGUGUAUUCCUCCUUCACCACCUUCUAUAACCCAAAGAAGAAUCUAUUUACAUCAGGCAAAAUCAAGGUUGAGGUUCUACCUCCAAUACACACCAAAGGCCUGACAUCAGACGAUGUCACUGACCUCACGGACAGAUGCUUCCGCAUCAUGAGGGAGACCCUCUUCAGGCUGUCAGGCCGUCCAAGCGAGGCAAAGGACUCAUCCUAGAUGCUUCUCCAGUGGCAUCACUGUGUGGUGGUGGUUGAAGGGACCUGUCUGUUGCCAAAUACCGAAGGAACUUCUCUUCCUCUGCAGUGACUUCUAACUCUGGGAACACCACGGACUGGCACAUGUGGGGUGUCGAGCCAGCACUGAGGUUCCCCAUUGAGUGGAUUUCUCUUAUGGGUUCACUAUCUCACAAUGAAACAUCUCCUUUUUCUGAAUUUCUCAGGCAUCAAACUUGUGCUACCAAAGGGCUCAAUGACUGGAGAGGUGAGUUCCCCCAGCUCACGCAGCUGGCGUGGGGUGACAACAAAAACCUGGCUGGAGGCUGGGCUCUGACUCACAUGAGUGUCCCUGCAGGCU